CGCCUUUCCCCUCCAAUAACGACGUCCGUCGCACGCCCCGGAUCUACCGGAGAAAUAAUCAUCACCAUCUUCGCUUCUGGUCUUUUUCCGCGCGCAAUCUAUCAAACCGACACGUCGCUUUGCUUUCAUUAGCGUUAUCUCGCAUUUCAAGUUAUACAAUCGCUGUCAUCAUGUCCGACAGCACGGGCAACAAGGGCGACCCGGCGGUCACUACGUCGGUUCCUCCCAUCGAACCCCUACAACCACUUGCUGUCCCCAGUUUGUCGUCAGAAUCCACAGAGGCCUUGAAUACUGCCCCACGCCUGGACAGUACGAGCGACGAGACUCAGGAACCGAGUCUGACAGAUGGCAAAUCAGCAAAUGUCGCCGAAGCCCCCACAGCAACACAGGUCUCGCAGCAGAACUCCAGCGAUGCCCCGUCUGCCAGCGCAUCGGCUGGCCAUGACGGCGAGCUGAAAGCUCCAGUAGCCGCUGGCGAGGCUUCACCUCAGAACGUAAAAGAAGAGGACGACUCGGGACCACAUCUAGUCAUCACUCUGUUGUUGAUCACUGGCUCACGGCACCCAUUCAAGAUCGACGCCAAAUACCUCAAGAAGCAGCAGGUCAAUGUUGAAAACCUGGAUCCUUUCGCCAUGAGUGUAUAUACAUUGAAGGAACUGAUCUGGAGGGAGUGGCGACAAGAGUGGGAGUCACGGCCGUCUUCGCCUAGUUCGAUUCGAUUGAUUUCGUUUGGAAAGCUCCUGGACGACAAGUCCCCGUUAUCAGACUGCCGAUUCAACCGAGAUGCUCCCAACGUGGUGCACAUGACCGUCAAGCCACAAGAGAUUGUGGACGAAGAUGAUGCCAAGGGAGCCAAGGCCCAAUACACCCGUGAACGUGAAUCCAGCGAGCGUAGCCCUGGAUGUCGCUGCAUCAUUCAAUGAACACGGGAUUUCGAUUUGGUGCCUCAAUAGUCCCCAUGUCGGGAAGACGACUACCAUAAAGGGGAUGAUUUCCCUUGGGUUCUCUGACGUCCUCUCAUUCUGUCAUCUGCAAAGCCACGUAUCUUAUCCCUGCCCGUUGAUCCU